AUGUUUCCUGCGCAGGACGCUCUGCCCCGCGGCGGGCUGAACCUGAAGGAGGAGCCGCUGCUGCCCGCCGGCCUGGGCUCGGUGCGCUCCUGGAUGCAGGGCGCGGGCAUCCUGGACGCCAGCACCGCGGCGCAGAGUGGCGUGGGCCUGGCACGAGCACAUUUUGAGAAGCAGCCCCCCUCCAACCUCAGGAAAUCCAACUUCUUCCACUUCGUGCUGGCCAUGUAUGACCGGCAGGGGCAGCCGGUGGAGGUGGAGCGCACAGCUUUCAUCGACUUUGUGGAGAAGGACCGAGAGCCCGGGGCUGAAAAGACAAACAACGGGAUCCAUUAUCGCCUCCGGCUGGUAUAUAACAACGGACUUCGGACAGAACAGGACCUCUAUGUGCGUCUCAUCGACUCCGUGUCCAAGCAGGCCAUCAUCUACGAGGGGCAGGACAAGAACCCCGAAAUGUGCCGCGUGCUACUCACCCACGAGAUCAUGUGCAGCCGGUGCUGUGACCGGAAGAGCUGUGGCAACCGGAAUGAGACACCCUCAGACCCCGUCAUCAUUGACAGGUUCUUCCUCAAGUUCUUCCUCAAAUGCAACCAGAACUGCCUAAAGAAUGCGGGGAAUCCCCGAGACAUGCGCCGCUUCCAGGUGGUGGUAUCCACAACGGUGAGCGUGGAUGGACACGUGCUGGCCGUGUCCGACAACAUGUUUGUGCACAACAACUCCAAGCAUGGCCGCAGGGCGCGCCGCCUGGACCCCUCCGAAGCUGCCACCCCCUGCAUCAAGGCCAUCAGUCCUGGGGAGGGCUGGACCACGGGCGGCGCCACCGUCAUUGUCAUCGGCGACAACUUCUUCGACGGGUUGCAGGUCGUGUUUGGGAACGUGCUCGUGUGGAGUGAGCUCAUCACGCCCCACGCCAUACGGGUGCAGACGCCCCCACGGCACAUCCCUGGGGUGGUGGAGGUGACCCUGUCCUACAAGUCCAAGCAAUUUUGCAAGGGAGCCCCCGGCCGCUUUGUCUACACAGCCCUGAAUGAGCCCACCAUUGACUACGGAUUCCAGAGGCUACAGAAAGUCAUUCCCAGACACCCCGGAGACCCCGAGAGGCUGCCCAAGGAAGUGCUGCUGAAGCGGGCGGCCGACUUGGCGGAGGCCCUGUACGGAGUGCCCGGCGGCAACCAGGAGCUCCUCCUGAAGCGCGCAGCAGACGUGGCCGAGGCUCUGUACAGCGCCCCCCGCGCGCCCGCGCCGCUCGGGCCCCUGGCCCCCAGCCACCCGCACCCCGCCGUCGUGGGCAUCAACGCCUUCAGCAGCCCGCUGGCCAUUGCCGUCGGGGACGCCACGCCAGGGCCGGAGCCGGGCUACGCGCGCAGCUGCGGCAGUGCGUCCCCCCGCGGGUUCGCGCCCAGCCCGGGCUCGCAGCAGAGUGGCUACGGCGGCGGCCUCGGAGCUGGCCUCGGCGGCUACGGGGCGCCGGGCGUGGCCGGCCUCGGUGUGCCCGCGUCCCCCAGCUUCCUCAAUGGCUCCACGGCCACAUCGCCCUUCGCCAGGUGCCCCCCAGGUCGAAGCUGGUGGAGUUUGGAACACCAGCCCCCCUUCUCCGCCGCACACACAGUGCAGUCAGCAGUGGAGGAACACACUGCCCCAGUGGGCAAAAGCCAGCCACCUGGGGUCUUCCCAUUCAGCCAGGAGAUCAAGAAUUCUACAGCUGCUUAAGCCUCACUCCAGCAUCAACUGGGGACACCCUGGGCUGGCCUAAGGGUCAGUCCCAUCUGGUGGGAUUGUUCUGUCCAGUCCCCAUCCUCUCCCCCUUGUGCACGACGCUUUGUGGUGAAGCUCCAGGGGGCAUCAUUCUCAUUGAGUUUGCCAGGACGUGCCUGUAAUGACCUCCGGAACUGUCCCUGCCAGAGGCUGUCUGCUCGGACCUCCCCUCUGUCUUCUGCUUCAGCCGCCAGCAGCCCUGGACUGAACCACAACUCCCAGUACUACCCAAGCUACAAAAUGUGGCUGUGAGCUCUGGGCCUUGAGAGAUACAGUACAUUUUCUGGCAUUUAUUUCAAGCCCUCCACGGAGCUCCAUGGAUCUCAUGAGCUAGCAGUCAGCAUUGUCUUAAAAGGAGACGGUGAUCCAUGGGGCCGAGUACAUUUGGAACAGGGGCAGCUGUUGAAGGCAUCACUGUUCCAAAGGGGGUGGGUGGGGGGUGUUCUGAUACCAAAAGCAUCUUUCUCAGGCUGCUGGUUUCUUUCAGGAAACCCCCACCCUCAUCCCAUUGCCCGCUGCCUGGACAACACUCAAAUCACAGUCUUAUUGGUCUUUAGAAGAGAGAGGCAGGGAAUUGUGUUCAGAUGAGGUUGUAGAAAGGGGAAUCCAGAGAUGGCCUGGGCAGGAGCCCCCAGGAGAGGAGGCUGCAAGAAGGAGGGGCAGGCAAAGGCUGUGUGCAGGAGGCUCCCUGGCUAUUCCCAGGAGAGCAAGCCACAGCCAUGGGGGCUAGGGGGUUAGGGAACAGGAAGAUCUGAGGAUUUGGAUCUCUGUACCUUUCUUUAAAAUGGACCUGCUGGAAGAGGGAGAUCCAGGAGGCCUCCAGGACCAGGGCUGAAUAUGAUGAGGACCUGCAUUAAGCUGGAAGAGAACAGAGUGUCAGGGGUUGGAGGGAGUGUAAUUGGUAAGGGGAACAUAUUUGUGGGGGGAGUAAGGGUUCUUGUGUGAGCUGUGAUCCUGGACAGAGGGGCCUUAUAACAAGAGCCUAUGUGUACCCCCCAAACUUCGUCCCUGGCCACUUGCCCCAGCUCUGCUAUGAACCCUGACCUUUGACUCUAACCUUGAUGCCCCAGGGCCCGUCAAUGUUUCUUAGUGUCUCAGAAUCCCAGUGGUUUUCAGCAGGAAUCCUAACCUGUUUCAUUUCUUGCUCAUGCCUCAUCUUUGCGGGCACCUCUCAGUAUCUGGUUUUGUUGGAUGUUCUGGUUUUGCUUUCGUUUUUUGGGUUUUGUUUGUUUGUUUGUUUUUAACCUCAUCUGGCCCUAUCAUCUCCAAUGCUAAGAAAGGGUCUCCAGAACCCCCAAAAGGGCAAAUGCUAGCCCGCAACCCCAGAGGCUCCCAGCCUGCCUCCAGACUCUACCCUGUACUGGUCUCCCCAGGACCCUCACAGCCCCCAGUGUGGGCUGAGCCUGGCACCCAGGUCAGCAGCCCGCACAGGGCAUACUUCUCAUGCCAGGGCAGCAACCGAGCUGCUCACUCUGGUGCUGUCUCCCUGUUGUGUCUCCCACCGCCUUCCCUGCUGCGCCUGCCCCUCCCCGCCCUGGAGUCAUGCCCUCUAGCCCCCCGCUGGCCGCUGCCUCCUCUAUGUCCCUCCCGGCGGCUGCCCCCA